AUGUCUCGCGCACCUUUCAUCGUCCCCGCGCUGAAAAAGCACACCGCCACGGUGAUCAUGGCCCACGGUUUGGGUGACAGUGGUGCAGGAUGGGUCUCCCUCGCUCACAACUGGCGCCGACGGGGCAUGUUCGACGAAGUCACUUUUAUCUUUCCCAAUGCGCCUGCGAUUCCGAUUACAGUGAACUUUGGAAUGUCAAUGCCCGGCUGGUACGAUAUCACCAAGCUUGGCCGUGAUCUCGACUUCGAAGAAGCCAUUAAACACCAAGACGAGCCCGGUGUCCUCAAGUCCCGAGACUACUUCAACACGCUCAUCAAAGAGCAGAUCGAGCAAGGCAUCAAGCCAUCGCGGAUCGUGCUCGGCGGUUUCUCACAAGGUGGCGCGAUGUCUGUGUUCUCCGGAAUCACGGGACAGGAGAAGCUAGGUGGUGUUUUUGGUCUGUCGAGCUACAUGCUACUGAGCGACCGGAUUAAGAAUUACAUCCCAGCCGAAUUCCCGAAUAAGAAGACGCCGUUCUUCUUUGCACACGGUACUGAUGAUGACAUUGUGCCGCAUGAGUUUGGGAAGCUCUCGGCUGCGAUGGGCAAGGAGUUGGGACUUGAGGAUGUUACGUUCAAGUCUUAUAAGUACCUCACGCACUCUGCGGAUCCAGCAGAGAUUGAAGACUUGGAAGCGUUCCUUAACAAGACGAUUCCUGCCGAGAGCGAGGGCAACUUAUGA